UGUGUCAACAAUACUCUGCUGUGUUUUAUUUUAAAUUAAAUUAUUUUUUUAUGUUUAGGCGCGAAAUAGUAAAGUUAAUACACUUGACCAGUAGUGCAAAAACUUUGGUAAAGUUAUGACAGUGGACAAUUACGUCUUUAAGUACAUAGUAACAGUGUUUGUGGAGUACAAAGGAACUUUGUGUAUACUGAGAACUAAGGAUAAUUACGAGGGCGCCACCGGUCGCUAGAAGUAAAGAUGGACACCAGCAAUAACAACAUUACCUACCGCAAACCUGGCAGGUCAAACUCGCUUACUGACCUGACUAACAACAGCAGCAAAACGAUACUUGACACAACUAUGAUGAGCAUUCCAGACAGCUUCCAUGACACAAUUGACGAUAUUCGUGAGUUAACCGAAGAAAACAAAAUUCUCAAGAACCAGUUAUUAAGCGCACAUAAGGAAAUAGAAGACCUCAAUGUGGAGAACUCUCGUCUUCGUACAGAACUACAAAAUAUGACUAAGACGGUCAACACUUUUAAGAAAAUAUGUUCAACUCCUGAAAAAAAAUGUGCGACUCCGAUACGUACAUAUAAAUCUCUGCAACGAAUUAACUCUCCACAUGUACAUCAUACACAUUAUAAUGAGAGUGUGACUAACAAACGAAAACAGAAUAAAGAAACUCAAACCUUAGUUACAUAUACACCAAAUAAAGUGAAAGACAAUAUGCCUACCAAUAAAGAAUUACCAUCAAACGUAGUGACGAACCCGAUGCAAAUGAAUAAGCAACAGAUUAAGAAAAUUAUAAGAGAGGAUACUAAAACUAGAAAACUUUGCGUACUCAGCAAUAAUACCCAAACAGGCAUGCUACAAGCUAUUGAAGAAAAUUUUGCAACGGUAUUUGAUUAUUGUAGUUAUACUUCACCGAAUUCAAAUCUUAAAGUGUUAUUAGCGAGCAUACCAUCAAAGAUAAAACAUUUUACAAUGACUGAUUACUGUAUAAUCGUGUUAGGGGAGACUGACAUUAGAGCCAACGAUAACUUUAUUGACUUAGUAAAAUUAAUAAGAGAAAGUUUAAUAAAUGUUACACACACUAACAUAAUAAUAUGCGUACCCACAUAUGUUUGUGGAGCACCCAUAUAUAAUUAUAAGAUUGAAUUGUUUAAUAACCUUCUCUGUUUGGAUAUCCAAAAUAAUAAGUAUGCGUAUUUUUUUGACUCCAACCAUGGAUUAACACUUGACAUGUUUUCGAACGCAUCAGGCAGAUUAAAUAAAAAUGGAAUAAAAUGCAUAUUUAGAGACAUUAUGAAUAGAAUUAAAAUUGACAUUGAAUUAUUUCCUGAUGAUUUGACCAGUGAAGCGAAUGCGCAAAAUCCACAGUUUUUUCUUCUAUAAUAAUAUACGUAUACUCCACCAAAAUAUAGCAGGUCUCGUAAACAAAUCUGAUAUUUUGACGGUACAUUUAGAGGAAUUAGCACAAAAUGAUAAACCCAUUGACAUUAUCUGUAUAACUGAACACUUUAUGACCACCGAUCAGGAAAACACACUUGACAUACCAAAUUUUCGUCUAGCAGCAAGUUAUUCUAGAGACGUCAAAAGGGGAGGGGCAUGUAUACUUACUAGAAUUGGACAGGAAUACAUUUCACUUGACACUAAUCAUUGUUCGAUUAAAGGCAUCGUAGAAUGUAGCGCCAUAGAACUAAUUGAUCAUGAACUCAUAAUAGUCUGUAUAUACAGAGUACCAAAUUCAUGUAUAGAUAUAUUUUACGAUAAUUUAGAGAAACUAUUACGCCAGAUAUGUGACAAUUCUAACAAGAAAAUUGUUCUUU